AUGCUCCAAUUCCUCACCUUGGGCUUGCUAUUAUUCCUUUUUGCAGAAAUAGCUCAAGCAAAUGUGGAAAAAACCAUCUUUCUGGCUCCCCCAGAAACAACCAUUCCCUCAGAGCAGCCGGACCUCGACGACCUAGGUCUAGAGCGGCUAUCACCUCAAAACCCCAUAGUGCGCACCCGUCUCAAUGCAUCGUUCCCAACAACAGAUGCACCAAACGGCGUGGAAUCCUGGUUUUUCCUAGAGAACUUGAAUCCUGGCCAGCGAUAUGAGGUGCGGGUUUGUUGGCUAGCGACUCAACCAACAUCAUUCACCCUAUCAACAUACCCCCUCCCCCAAACAAUCUCCAACAAAGCCCUCAUUAGCUCCCUAAGCAUCUACACCAACGCCCGCCUAGCAGCCCUUGACAACGAUCUACAAUCCAACAGCAUCCAAAGACACGCCCUCCCCCUCCCGCACAGCAGCAAAAAAGGCGGAACUGACCCGCUCGACGCGUCGCCAACAACAGACUCAGUGCUGUUUUUGAGAAUCCAUGCUGCAGCGGACUACUUCAGUACGGAUGCGGCGUUGAUGCGGGAUGUGCCGGCUGUGGCGGUUGAUGUGAUUCUCGAUCCGUUCUUGAUGAAUGUUUUCCCGCGGUCGCUUGUGCCAACUGCGUUGUGGAUUUUGGCAGUUGCUUUGCUUGCUGUUGUUGUUUCUAGGUGGGUUGCUGGGGAGGUUGGGCGAGUUGUGGAGGAUGCGCGUGGGCAGAGUGUUCUUGAAGAUAUGAAGAAGAAAUAG